GAUGAAAAUUCUCUUCAUUCUUAUCUUAAAUUUCCGCUCUUCUCUUCAAUUUAACACAAAUGGAGCUUUCGUAAACGUUGCCUCUGUGGAUGCCGGAGCUACAUGCCUAUCUGUUUCACCUGGUGUAAAAACAAUAAAUGGUUUUACAUAUAGCUGUACUCAUGCCUUAAAGCCGAUAUGGAGAGAUCCUAAUCCUCUCUUAUUUAAUUGCUCUAGCAUGUGCCAUACUAGCUUUUUUGAUAUUUCUUUUAAAACUUCCUACGAUCUGCAAUUGAUAUGUUUCCGCCAAGGUUACGGAAACACUUAUAUCGGUCAAUCAAAAGCAAUCAAAAAAGUUGAUGUCCAGUGUAAUGGUCAAACUCGCCAACUUGACUUGGAGGAUGAUUACGAGUAUCGAUGUCAUUUAAUCAACUUUGUCCAUUGUAAUAAAAUCAGAAUUUACGUUAAAGAGUUGACAAUUGUUGGAAGCGUUAAUGAUAUUGGAUUUAAUGAAGUCGGCGUAUGGGCACAUAACCCCGAAAUAACAAGUUUUCCGGCCGAAGAGUAUGGAAGAAAUUAUCUAGAUAGUUGUCUUUCUAUAAUACCAUCUCCAAAAUGUAACAACAUUAUAAAAUAUGGACCUACCGACGACGAUGUAAACUGUCCAUUGCCGUCUUGCCCUGUGGAUGGUCUUGAAUUUAAUGUUACAUUAACCGAAGCAAUCAGGCCUGACCAAAUAUGCGCUAAAAAUGUGGUCGAUCGUCAAUACAAUUUUUGGCUUAUUACUUGGAGCUCAGGCUAUACUCAGAGUAUAAAUCUUGACUCAUCACCUCAUAACGUCAAAUGUUUAAAUUAUAAUGGAUCAGAUAUUGAAAGGUGGGUUAAAUUUACUCCAGAAGCUGUCUCAGGUGUUGAAAUACCCCAAAUUUGGACAAUUGAUUGGAUAGCAGUAAUCAAAUCUGAGCGAAAUUCGUUGUCAAUAAAAGCUCGUGAAGAUGAAUAUAAACUUUACAAAGCUAGACCUGCUAACUGGAAUAUUACAAAAUUUUCUCUAAGAUCCCAUUCAAAUUGUAAUGGAUUCUAUAUAAUCUUAUACGAAAAAUUGGCUCCAAUUAUGACCUUAACUAUGGAAAAAUUAACGGCACCUAGAUAUAUAUUAUCCGUUAAUGGUGAUGAAGAAACUUCAGAAAAUUCAUAUUUAAGUUGUAACAAAUGGGUAAAUUUUUACAUUGAUUGGUCUGAUGAAGUACGAUUUGGAAUACUUUCCGAUGAUUUAGAAAAUGAAACAGAGAUACUCUCUAUAGACAAAGACGGCCCAUUCUUACCGGAAAGUUUGGCAAUUAAAACAAUAAAUAAGCUAAAUAUCUUUGAAAUUAGAUUCCUUGAUUGGUUUGAAGCCGCAGAUUUGGAUAAGGAUUUUACAGUUGAAGCUAAUAGUCCUUCUUCUUGUCUGAUGAAGAAACACUUUGAAAAUUUAAUUGAUAGAAAUAUGGCUAGUUGUAUUUCAUUUAACAAUUGGGUGAAAAUGACUGUUAAACACAAUAAUUUACCGUCAGAUAGGGAAACUGUUAAAGUAAAAAUUACUGUAAAGGAUUUACCUGAUGCCUGUGAUAUCGAUAGACAAAACCAGAAUAAUAUUGUAGUUCUUGUACGCACCUCUUCAAAUUUUUUGUCUAUAUGUAAAUUAAAUAGUCAAACAGGGGCGGAUGGAGCUUUUAAAAAUUUUGCUUCAUUGGAAAAUAACGCUAUUUGCAAUACGAGUAAAGCCGAAUUUGAGGAAUUUAAUUUUACUUACGAAUGUAAAAAUUCACUAAGCCCAAUAUGGCAGCAACCAAGUUCAUUUGUAAUAAAAUGCGGCUUAGAAGAAUCUUGUACUUUUGUUAAUAUUACUGUAACAUUUGCAAGAAAAUAUGACAUUCAGCAAAUUUGCUUUCGUCAAGGAUUCACAAGAAAUUCAAAUACAACUUCCUUUAUUGAGAAAAUUCGAGUAACUUUCAAGGAAGAAGACACUCCGAAAAAUCUUUUCCUAAAUCUUCAAAAAGAUUAUGACUAUAGAUGUCAUGUAGUUCAUUUAAAAGAUCAAUCUUCUCUUGUUUUUUCUCCUGAGAGAUAUUACGAACCAGACCCAUUCGAAUUUGCCCUUGGGGAGAUAGGAGUAUGGGGUUACACGAGCGAAAAUGGUGAGAAAAUGAGCCAAGUUUACGGAAGUAACCUAAUAACAAAAUGCACUGAUAUUAGUACUGAAGAUAAGAAAGAUUGCAAUCAAAUACAGAAUUAUUCUUUUGACUAUUGGCUAUCAUCAAAAUUGUCCAAUUUUAAAUUCUGUAUAAUAAAUCCAAUAACAGCUAUGGGAAAUAUUCAAAUAAAAGUAGCCAAAAUAUUAUGGUCUAAUGGCGACAAACAACUAUUACAAAUCGAAAGAAACAGUGAUUAUAAGAUAAAUUGCUUUGAUAAGGAACUUGAAAAUAUUGAAUGGUUUAAAUUAACUGUUAAAGAAGUUUGGUCCGAAGACCAAGAUAAAGUUGGAAUAGUAUUUAUAGGAAUGUUUAAUAAUGGUCAUUUGUUGGAAAUUAACAAUGAAACAGCAGUAUUAAAUACGUAUAACGGUUUGUCAAAUUCUGGUUCUUUGUCUCCAAAAUACUUAGAAUGGGAGAAAUUCUUUGUAAAAUGGAACAGCGAGAGUAUACAAUUUGGUCGUUUAUUUGACAAACAAGAAACAUUACUGUCAAUAAAUUCUACUGGUAAUAAAUUGGACCCAAAUAAAGUUCGCUUUGGUUCAGAAUCUACAACUUUAGCGCAUGAAAUUCAAAUAUUUAACUGGUUUUCAGAACUUGCCUACAUGUACGAUAAAGAUGAAACAACGUGUACUAAAUUUGAUAAAUCUAAUUAUUUCUUGAUAAAAUUAAAGCCAAAAAACUUCAACAAGAAGUUUCUACAAGUUAUUGUUACUUUUAACGAUUCUACUAGUGAACGUAAUCUUCUAGACGAUUCAAAUAAUUAUCUAACUAUAUAUCUUACGGAUAUUACAAAUCCAAAACUGAAGAUGAUCUGCUCUGGCACAUGGACUAGCGAAUCUGCGGAAGCAACAAAGUGCAAGUACAUAUGCGAAUGUCAGAAUGAUUUGUGUAAUGAUGUUUACAUAGUCCUAUUCGGAUCUGGAAAUGGUCAACCCGAAGAAAUCUGUGAAAUAACUUUAAUAUAA